UGACGCUUUUGAUCUGCGAAAAAACCCAAACACACGUGUGUCCCGACCAAGCUAAAGUUAUCUAGCUAUCUAGUGACUGAACCGUCAACAAUGGGGAAGAGAAAACAGAAGAAUCAGAUCUUUAAUAAUUUAUCAAAAAAGCAGAAGAAACAUCUGAAAGAAUUUGGGGAGGAGCAUCCAUUCCAUGAUAUAGUCACAGAAAAGGCAGAGAAAACACAAAUAUUGGAUCUGCCAGACAGCCCAGUACAGUCCUGUGCUGAAAGUGACGAGGACGACGAACCAGAGCACAAGUCAGCCUACCAGAAGUUGUUGUCUACUCUCAGCAGCCCUGCAGACCACGAAAGCGAAGAUGAGAGUGUAGAUGAUGAUGAUGAUGAUGAAGAGAUAGAAGAGCAUCUCAGUGAAGAAGGAAGUGAUGGAGAUGAUGAGGAAUAUCAAGAAGCAGGAAAUAAUUUGACUGUGAUACCAGAAGAGGCAAAUGAGGUGGAAGCAGGACCAAAUGAAGGGGGUGAGGAUGCUAUGGAGGAUGAAACAGCAGGAGGAGUGGAGUUUGAGGACAAGGAACAUGAGUCUCAGUUCUGUCUGGAGAACAACUUCUCUGGAGAAGGAGAACAGGAGGGUGCAGAGAGCACUGCUAAACAAGAGGAUGAGGAAGACUCCUUUAAGCUGCACCUUGACACAGAGAUUAGUGAGGAGGACGUAAAACGGAUCACUGCUCGCACUAAGGCCAAGGCUCAGGUCAAGUGGCCAAGCCUGGGCACUCUCCUCUGCUCCUCCCCUCUGGAGAAGUUUGGUCCCGCCGGCCAGGAGAAAGACAAAAGGCCUCUGGCACUCCACAAAGUCCUGGAAACUAACUGGACGUCUCUGAACCAGACCUCCAACUCUAAGGGAGCCGUGGAGGAGGUCAGUCCACUGCAGCUGGAGCUGCUGUCUCUAAUGGGGUCCUACAGGGACGUGUACUUCCCAGAGAGCUCACCACUCACCGAGGGCUGGCAGGUCCGCAGUGCCUACUGCCUCCACGCACUCAACCACGUGCUGAAGGCCAACUCUGGCGUUCUGGGUCAUAAUGCUCAGAUGAGGGAGAACCAAGCCGCAGACAAGGCCGGAGGGAACAAGGCCGGAGUUGAGCCACAGGAUGAGCCCCGGGACCAAGGCCUGACCCGACCCAAGGUUCUGAUCCUGGUGCCGUUCCGAGAUGGAGCGCUGCGGGUGGUCCAGACCCUCAUCAACCUCCUGGAGACCAAGGGCAGGAAGAUGGAUGUCAGCAACAAGAAGAGGUUCAAGGACGAAUUUGGAGAGGAACCAGUGAACACGCCACCCAACCUCUUCAGACCAGACGACUACACCGCCAUUUUCUCUGGCAAUAUCGACGAUCACUUCAGGAUAGGAGUUUCCAUCUUGAGGAGAAGCAUUCGGCUCUAUGCACCCUUCUACUCCUCUGACAUCAUCAUAGCGUCUCCGCUGGGCCUUCGUACAGUGCUGGGGGUGGAGGGCGAAGCCAAGCGGGACUACGACUUCUUGUCCUCCAUCGAGAUACUGGUGGUGGACCAGGCCGACGUCUUCCUCAUGCAGAACUGGGAGCACCUACUGCAUGUGAUGAAGCAUCUGAACCUGCAGCCCUUGGACCCCCAUGGGGUGGACUUCUCCAGGGUGCGCAUGUGGAACCUGAACAACUGGGCCAAGUACUAUCGCCAGACACUGAUGUUCAGCUCUAUCCAGGACCCACAGAUCAACAACAUCAUCUCUAAGCACUGCUUCAACUACCGCGGCCAGGUUGCUACCAAGAAUAUGCCUAUAACAGGCUCUAUCUGCCAGGUUCUGGUUCAGCUCCCUCAUGUCUUCCAGAUGAUCAACUCUAACAGCUUCAUGGACCAGGAUGCAAGGUUCCAAUUCUUUGUGGACAAGGUCCUGCCCCAGUACAGAGACUCAGUCAUGUCCCACACGCUCAUCUAUGUUCCCUCAUACUUCGACUACGUCCGACUGCGCAACUACAUGAAGAAGGAGGAGAUCAACUUUGCCAGCAUAUGCGAGUACUCGACCAAGUCAGAGGUGUCCCGUGCCAGGCACUUUUUCCAGAAGGGAGAUAAACAGUUUAUUCUCUUCACCGAACGCUUCCACUUCUACAAGAGAUACACCAUCAAGGGAAUCCAGAACCUGAUCUUCUAUGGGCUGCCCUCAUACCCUCACUUCUACAGUGAGGUGUGCAACAUGCUGCAGGCAGGGGGCCAAGGAGAGGAGGCUAGCUGGACUUGCACAGCCCUCUACUCACGCUAUGACGCCCAGCGCCUCGCUGCCAUCACUGGGGCCCAAAGGGCCGCUCAGAUGCUGCAGUCCCAGAAGCCCGCACACCUGUUUGUCACGGGCGAGGAUAAGGGCCCUAUGGGCCCCUAACGCACAGAUGGAAAGUGACUGAUAUCUGUAGGUAGGAAGAGGGAACUUCCUUUCAACAGCCACUUUAGUUUUACGACACAGGUCAUCAAUGAUGCCGAUCAUGAAAAUGUAUUGACUUUAGUCAGACAUGCUGUUGAAAAGAAUCUGCUUUUUUUUACCCCGUUUUCUCCCCACUUCCGUGGUAUCCAAUUAUUUAGUAGCUACUAUCUUGUCUCAUCGCUACAACUCCCGUACGGGCUCGGGAGAGACGAAGGUUGAAAGUCAUGCGUCCUCUGAUACACAACCCAACCAAACCGCACCACUUCUUAACAGAGCGCGCAUCCAACCCGGAAGCCAGCCGUACCAAUGUGUCGGAGGAAACACUGUGCACCUGGCAAUCUUGGUUAGCGCGCACUACGCCCGACCCGCCACAGGAGUCGCGCGAUGAGACAAGGAUAUCCCUUCCGGCCAUCCCCUCCCUAACCCGGACGAUGCAAGGCAAAUUGUGCGUCGUCCCACAGACCUCCCGGUUGCAGCCGGUUACGACAGAGCCUGGGCGCGAACCCAGUCUCUGGUGGCACAGCUGGCGCUGCAGUACAGCGCGAUUUUUAUGAAUAUACCCAAAGUUAAGUAUCACUGGUAUUAAAGCGAUGUUACUUGAGAUUAAGUGUCUUCAACAUUUUUUUACUCAAUCGAGUCUGAAAUUGUGAGUCUAUUGCCAGCAUUCAAAUGUUUUGUUAUUUGUCAUGUUAGCAUAUUGCUUUUAAAUACUUAAGUGAUACAGAUGUGCACCUUUGCUUUGAUCAUUUAGUUUUGUUAAUUUUUCUAUGAUCAGUCUGGUUCUCAACUUAAUGUUGAGAGUAAAAUAGUAGAAUACACAAGAUAAUUUUAAAAUGUGGUUAUGCAUCAAGUUUCACUUAUUUCAGUCACUGGGUCACUCAAGUAGCCAUAUCCGCAAACAAUUUAUUUGAUUGGUAGUUAGUCUAGCCAGUUAUCUAAACUUGUAAUUAUGACCGAAUACCGACUGGGCACGCAGGGCAUGUGUCCAGCGGCCCUGACCUCCAGGGGGCCCCCAUUGAUUUUGUUAGUCAUGGCACAAUGUGUCGAAGUGCAAGAAAUUUGCUUUAACACCGGGGAAAAAACACCUCUGCCCCAUGGCAAAAUUUGUAGAAUUGCGUGAAAUGUUCUCUGCUCCAUGGGGGAAAAGUGUAGAAUUGCAGGAAAUGUACUUCAAGACAGCAUUCUCUGCUGGGGGCCAGAAAUGUUUUGCCGGCUAGGUGCCCCAAAAGGCAAGGGCCGGCCCUUGCAAUAAUGUAACUUUUUUUGGGUUACCUGACCAUUAGUUCAUUCUCAUCAAGCAAUUCUAAGUAUUACGUUAGAAUAGAUCUGUGUGCUAUUUAUAUGCUUCCCAUUCUUAAGUUGCAUUUUCUACUUUGUUUUGUACACCAGCUUUAAACAGCUGAAAAUAUAUUUCACAGCAGUAUAGGUGGUACAAUAAUUCUCUACACAAUGAUUGCUUGUUUUGUCACAAACUGAAAUUAGGCAAACGCUGAGCCAUUUCUUCAUAGUGCAGUAAGUUUAGUAUAACUACAUGGACUGAUUGCAUGUGUGGAUAUGGAUACUACACCUGCGAGCAACUGCUGCCCCUCAUAAGUUCAGAAUUGUAUGUGGAUAUAUAUACAAACACACACACUGAAAAAAUAUAACAUGUAAACUGUUGGUCCCAUGUUUGAGCCAAAAUAAAAGAUCCCAGAAAUGUUCCA